CGCUCGACUUCCCCCUGCCCACGAACUCCCGGAUAUGGGACAGCGGAUUUCCAUUGUGUCCCCCAGCCUCGGGAGGUGUAGCGCAACACACUUCCAGCAGUUACAGUAGGCAAGGGUGCAGGCAGGAGGUUAGGGAGGAAAACGGAGGCCACACGAGGGAUUCAGAAUACCCUGAAGCACGCGAAGGUAGUUGGAGUCCCCUAACGAUGGAUAAAUUCGUCAUUCGGACGCCUAGAAUCCAGAAUAGUUCACAGAAGAAAGAUCCUGGAGGAAAGAUUUACAAACAGGCCACGAUUGAAUCUCUGAAGAGAGUUGUGGUCAUAGAAGACAUAAAAAGAUGGAAAUCCAUGUUGGAGCUUCCUGAUCAAACCAAAGAGAAUCUAGUUCAAGCCUUACGAGAAUUGAAGAAGAAAAUACCCUCCAGGGAAGUGUUAAAAUCAACAAGGAUAGGUCACACGGUGAACAAGAUGUGUAAGCACUCAGAUUCAGAGGUGGCUUGUCUUGCCAAAGAAGUUUACACUGAGUGGAAAACUUCCAUUGAAAAACACUUGGAUAGACCAUCUAUAGAAGUCCAAAGUGAUCCCAAAACAGAAUCAUUUAGGAAAAAUGCCCGGAAACUACUCUCAGAAGCCUUGGAAUUAAAGAUGGAUCACCUACUGGUUGAAAAUAUUGAGCGGGAAACAUUUCAUCUCUGUUCCCGCCUCAUUAAUGGGCCAUACCGGCGGACCGUGAGAGCUCUGGUCUUCACAUUAAAGCACCGAGCUGAAAUCCGGGAUCAGGUGAAGAAUGGCUCACUGCCGGUUGGCGCGUUUGUGCAGACCCACAAAAAGUGACCUGAGGACAGUUCCAACCCUGGGCUGGGCAGAGAAGAAAACGGGCCCCUCUCUGCAUUCAAAGGCUCCUUUGAGUCUGGGUGAUGGUGGAUGCAGCUUGCUAGCUUUUCCCAUAGUGUCAUUCCUGCAGGCGGGAUCCAGGGAGCCUGGGAGACAAGCCUGCAGGAGCGAGCUUCAUUAGCUGCGGCGCGCUGGCGCUGCCCCACAGGACGCACAUUGGCUGUCCCUGGGAAGCGCCGGACGGGUGCCAUCGCCCAGCACAGUGAAAGGGUGACAGAUUUCACUGUGCGUAUGCCAAGGACACCUCUAAACCUCCCCCCUGUCAGGCAGAUGAAGUUACCACUUUAUUUCGCCACCCUGCAGGUAACUGAAACUCAAUUACUGCUGCUGCUCCCUUGGUUCCAUCCCCCUGAGUUUAGACAGCUCUGGAGCCUCUCAGAACUCCCUGUCUGUUCUCUUUGCUCUACCCCAGGGGUGAGCCUGCCAGAGCCAGCCGUCCAGCCCCGCUUUCCAGAGCUCACUUAUCUGAACGUUUCAGCUCUCCCUGGAAGACCUUGUGCGCCUGUCUCUGGAGCCCCCAUGCUGAGGCUUCUAAUGAGGAACUGGCCUGAAGCCUCCCACACCUCGGGCUUUAUUUGAAUACGUGGGCUCUCAGCUUAGGGCUCUGUAAAAGAUACAUAAUGAAAUUUACUGCAGUAGGAAAAAAUUCAUGCAUACAUACUUUAAAAUGAGAUAUUUCUGUGCAGGCCUGCUGGAUCAAUUAUGUAAAUGAUAUUUGCUUUUUAAAAA